CCUGACCGGCCGGCGGCGCCGGGGCCGGUCUCGCCCCUCUCCGGAGCUCCUCGCCGCCCCCUCCCCGGCCCGCGUCCCCUCCCCCGUCCUCUCCUCCCCGCCCGCCGCCCGCCUCUCGGGGGGAGGGGCGUGGGGGCAGGGAGCCGAUUUGCAUGCGGCCGCCGCGGCCGCUGCCUGAGCCGGAGCCCGCCGCCGCCGGAGCCCGCGCCCGCGCCCGCGCCCGGCCCGCGCGGCCCCAUGCCUCUGGCGCGGCCCUCGGGGGGGCGAAGGUGAAGACCGGCUCCUAGGAUGAGUGAAGGGGCGGCCGGUGCCUCGCCACCUGGUGCCGCUUCGGCAGCCGCCGCCUCAGCCGAGGAGGGCACCGCGGCGGCUGCGGCGGCGGCGGCGGCGGCGGGCGGGGGCCCGGACGGCGGCGGAGAAGGGGCGGCCGAACCCCCCCGGGAGUUACGCUGUAGCGACUGCAUCGUGUGGAACCGGCAGCAGACGUGGUUGUGCGUGGUGCCUCUGUUCAUCGGUUUCAUCGGCCUGGGGCUCAGCCUCAUGCUGCUUAAAUGGAUCGUGGUAGGCUCCGUCAAGGAGUACGUGCCCACGGACCUGGUGGACUCCAAGGGAAUGGGCCAGGACCCCUUCUUCCUCUCCAAGCCCAGCUCUUUUCCCAAGGCUAUGGAAACCACCACAACAACCACUUCUACCACGUCCCCCGCCACCCCCUCUGCCGGCGGCGCUGCUUCUUCCAGGACGCCUAACCGGAUUAGCACCCGCUUGACCACCAUCACACGGGCACCCACCCGCUUCCCUGGGCACCGGGUGCCUAUCCGGGCUAGCCCGCGCUCUACUACGGCACGGAACACUGCUGCCCCUCCGACGGUCCUGUCCACCACGGCCCCUUUCUUCAGUAGCACCACGCCAGGCUCCCGACCCCCGAUGCCAGGAGCCCCCAGUACGCAAGCGAUGCCUUCCUGGCCCACUGCGGCGUAUGCUACCUCCUCCUACCUCCACGAUUCCACUCCCUCCUGGACCCUGUCACCCUUUCAGGAUGCUGCCGCUGCCUCUUCUUCCUCACCCUCUUCCACCUCCUCCACUACCACCACCCCAGAAACUAGCACCAGCCCCAAAUUUCAUACUACAACAUACUCCACUGAACGAUCUGAGCACUUCAAACCCUGUCGAGACAAGGACCUGGCGUAUUGUCUCAAUGAUGGUGAAUGCUUUGUGAUUGAGACCCUGACAGGAUCCCAUAAGCACUGUCGGUGCAAGGAAGGCUACCAAGGAGUCCGUUGUGAUCAAUUUCUGCCGAAAACAGACUCCAUCUUAUCGGAUCCAACAGACCACUUGGGGAUUGAAUUCAUGGAGAGUGAAGACGUUUAUCAAAGGCAGGUGCUGUCAAUUUCAUGUAUCAUCUUUGGAAUUGUCAUCGUGGGCAUGUUCUGUGCAGCCUUCUACUUCAAAAGCAAGAAACAAGCUAAACAAAUCCAGGAGCACCUGAAAGAGUCACAGAAUGGGAAAAACUACAGCCUCAAGGCAUCCAGCACAAUGACAAAGUCUGAGAGCUUGAUGAAGAGUCAUGUCCAACUACAAAAUUAUUCAAAGGCGGAUAGGCAUCCUGUGACUGCACUGGAGAAAAUAAUGGAGUCAAGUUUUUCGGCUCCCCAGUCGUUCCCAGAGGUUACUUCUCCUGACCGAGGAAGCCAGCCUAUCAAACAUCACAGCCCAGGACAAAGGAGUGGGAUGUUGCAUAGGAAUACUUUCAGAAGGACACCACCCUCACCCCGAAGUCGACUGGGUGGUAUUGUAGGACCAGCAUAUCAACAACUUGAAGAAUCAAGAAUUCCAGACCAGGAUACCAUACCUUGCCAAGGGAUAGAGGUCAGGAAGACUAUAUCCCACCUGCCUAUACAGCUGUGGUGUGUUGAAAGACCCCUGGAUUUAAAGUAUGUGUCCAAUGGCUUAAGAUCCCAACAAAAUGCAUCAAUAAAUAUGCAACUGCCUUCAAGAGAAACAAACCCCUAUUUUAAUAGCUUGGAUCAAAAGGACCUGGUGGGUUAUUUAUCCCCAAGGGCCAAUUCUGUGCCCAUCAUCCCGUCAGUGGGUCUAGAAGAAACCUGCAUGCAAAUGCCAGGGAUUUCUGACGUCAAAAGCAUUAAAUGGUGCAAAAACUCUUACUCUGCUGACAUUGUCAAUGCGAGUAUUCCAGUCAGUGAUUGUCUUCUAGAAGAACAACAGGAAGUGAAAAUAUUACUAGAGACUGUGCAGGAACAGAUCCGGAUUCUGACUGAUGCCAGACGGUCAGAAGACUACGAACUGGCCAGCAUGGAAACUGAGGACAGUGCGAGCGAAAACACAGCCUUUCUCCCCCUGAGUCCCACGGCCAAAUCAGAACGAGAGGCACAAUUUGUCUUAAGAAAUGAAAUACAAAGAGACUCUGUGCUAACCAAGUGACUCCGAGACGUAGGAAUCUGUGCAUUCUAUGCUUUGCUCAACCGGAAGGAGAGGAAAUUAAAUACAAAUUAUUUAUAUGCAUUAAUUUAAGAGCAUCUACUUAGAAGAAACCAAAUAGUCUGCUGCCCUCAUAUCAUAGUGUUUUUUAACAAAAUAUUUUUUUAAAGGGAAAGAAGCAUUUCAGGAGGGAUAAAGCUUACCACUAAAGCUUUAGGGGAGAAUUCUGAAUCCAAUUUCAGUUAGUCCUUACACUGUCCUCUUUGGCUCUUGGAAGAUUUGGCUAAUUGCAACCUUUGGUCCCAUAGUACCAGUAUCUAUAUGGAACAGAAACUGGUGUCCUCCUAGCUUCAAAGAGAUAAAGUUUAUUCCAAGGACAGGUGUGCCAGUGAGGCAGAUAGCCCUGGCCAUUUGGCUCUUGAGUUCCAGCCCCUAAAUUUCUAUUCAUCAAUGCUCUCUCUACAGGUUAUGUUAUGUCGAGGAGGAAAGUAGUGCUUUGUAUUUGAUUUUCAAAGAAUAGCAGGAAAACAUGAACAGGAGGGAAGACAGAAAAUAGGAGGAGCCUGGGCAAAAUUAACUACUCUCAUGUGCCAUCUUUCUCUGUAAUUUGAAAGCACAGAACCUCAGAGGGAGGUGUUAAAUUAUUAUAGGAAAAGAGACAAAAUGACAGCGUUGUAUUACUAAACUUAUGCUAAUAGAAAUGUUUUUCUUGGAGAGUGAUUAGAAGCUCUGAAAGGGCACCUGUGUGUGUGUGUGUGUGU